AUGAUUGCCGGAAUGACCGGGUCCGGAAAAACGGCCUGGGUUCGAGCUCUAUUGCAACAAGCUUCAGAGACCAUUUACCAUACCCCGGAGAGGAUCGUUUGGUGUUAUUCACAAUGGCAGCCUGCGUAUACACAAACGUUAGUCGCCAUGUCACACAUUGAAUUCGUCAAGGGAAUUCCUAUGGCUUUGGAGCAGGAUUCCUAUUUUAAUGUGAACAAACGGAAUUUGAUCAUGUUUGAUGAUCAGAUGAUUGACGCCAGUAAAGACAAACGAAUCGUGAACCUCUUUACUCGUGGUUCUCAUUAUCGCAAUCUGAACGUGAUUUAUAUCGUGCAGAAUCUAUUUCAU